AUGGCGCAAAACUCGGUGUUCGUCCCUCUCUACUUUGUCUGCGGCGUGCUGGUCGUCGUCGUGUUUCUCGCUUCCGCCGCUGCGAGUAGUGCCUACCGUGUGGCGGAUGACCAUCAACAGCGCAUUGGACGAGCCUUUUCCGUGAUGCCCCGCUUGCCUCCGACGAGCCGUCGUUCGCGCCAGGUGGCUGCGUCUGUAACGCCGCCGCCGAGUCAGGCACGCAUCAAGCUCCAGCCGCCGCAAUUGGAAGCACUUCUGGCCCUGGACCAGGCACUAUUGGCUCUGUGGAAUAACAGCGCGUCAAACGUGUUCUGUGACGAGUGGGGCCGCUUUGCCGUGAAGUGUAACCAAGACGGCAUGGUUACUGGCCUUAACCUCGUGGGCAUGUACCUUGAUGGAACACUCUCUUGCAGCAUCAGUCGCCUCACUGCACUUCAAUCCCUGCGCAUUGGAGAACCCCAGGCUGACUUAUUUCCUUAUGCAUACCUUACCAACACUCCAACAGAUCUUCUAUCACUAUCCAUUGAGCCGCUCCACCUUGACCUAAGUUUCCUUCCCAUCACACGCUUACCGCAAUGGAUCGCUUCCCUCUCCAAGCUCACUUAUUUGGACGUCACCGGAAACUUAAUCGUCCAUCGCUCUGCACCGUUCCCCACCGAAUGGAUGGCACUCACAAGGCUGAAGUCGCUGCGGGCCGGUCUGAAUGGCUUCACUGGCUCGAUCCCCUCCACCAUCUCCGCCCUCACCGCCCUCACCAACUUGGAGCUCUACGGGAACAACAUCUCAGGGAGCAUUCCUGCUGGCAUCAGCAAGCUACUUAAACUGAAUUCCUUGGCGCUUGGCUUUAACAAUCUCACCGGCGCCGUUCCUGGCAUCACUCGUGCACCCCUCUCAUACUUACAGCUGCAAGGCAACACAUUAUCUGGCUCGCUUCCCAACUUCGCGUCGUGGAAAACCCCUCUGCUUCGUAUACUCAACGUCAGCGACAACCAGCUCAGUGGCUCCCUCCCUGACUCCAUCUCCCACCUUACAUUGCUGCAGACACUGGGGCUUGGAGGCAACAAUCUGAGUGGCGUCAUAUCUGCUAGCCUGGGCGGACUUCCUGUUCUUACAUACCUGAACGUGUCGGGCACAGGGCUGACCUCUCCAGACGGCAGCAAGUGCAUGGUGAAGCAGAGCAACACCACCGGCUUCUGCCGCCUCUGCUUCUCCUUCUGCUCCUCCUGCACCCCCCUUGCUUUGUCGGCGCCCACAAAGGAUCCGGCAUGGGUGACAGACGCACCGCCAGCACCGCAGGCACGACCGGCAUCUGGUCCUCGCACGCUCAUUACUGCUGCCAUUAACCACUCUACUGCUGCUGCCAUUGCCGCCGUCUUGCUCCUGGUGUUCGGGAUGUGA